AUGGGCUUUGUCAGGUGGUCACUUCGCUGCAUUCCUGGCUUGUCAGUCCUUGGCCUCCUGGUCCUGCUCGAGUCCGCCCUGAAGAUUGUCGAGACAGAAUGGCUCACCUUCUUCUACCCUCCGUUUCUCAAACAUAUCGCGAGUCCUGUCAUUGCCCAGACUCUCUUCAUUUCGUACUCGGUCCUUCUGCACAUCCUUGCCCUCCUGUUCCCUCUACGACUCUGUGCCUCCGCAUACGCCGCGACACGGGCAAUCAAAGCCACCCACCUACGGUCGAACAUCACUCUCAGCAACACUGUUCACCGCAAUGAUCUUCGGGAGGAAUACCAGGGACUUGAAUCCCAGCACGAUACAGCGAAGCGACCAGGGGUCGUAACGAUGGCGGUAGUCUUGCCCAGCUACAAAGAGGAUAUCGAGAUACUUGAGACCUCGCUGAGGGUUCUCGCCAGCCACACUCUGGCCAAAUCUUCAUAUGACAUCUUCUUGGCCAUGGAGGAGCGAGAUUCAAACGGCGUCGACGUGGCUCGAAAUUUGAUUCAACUAUUCGCGGGAAAGUUUCGAGAGAUGCAAUACACUGUUCACCCGGCGGGUCUGCCUGGCGAAGCCCCGGGAAAGAGCAGCAAUGUCAGCUGGGCAGCAAGGCAGAUAGAAGCAAAAUACCUGGACAACCCUGACUGGUCAAGCGUGCUAGUAACAGUUAUGGACAGUGAUACUCACCUCCUCAGUCAAUAUUUUGAGACAGUCCUCAUCCACCACCUCCGCAACCGCAAAGACCAAGGAUUGACCGAUAUGACCCUGUACAUGCCGCCCAUUAUUUUUGAUCGCAAUGCGCACCUGGUGCCCCAGAUGGUGCGCAUCGCCGACCUCAUGUGGUGCGGGGCCGGGCUCUCUUGUUUCACCAGCAAACCCACCAGAUCGACCGUUGCAAUCCCAACCGCAGUCUAUACCCUCCCACUUCCUCUUGUUUGCCUGGCAGGUGGGUGGGACACUGGGUCAGAAGCCAUUGGUGAAGACAUGCACAUGAUGUUGAAGUGCUAUUUUGCCACACACGGCCGCUUGCAAAUCAGGCCAAUUCCGAGUCCGGCGAGCCAGUGCAAUGUCACGACGGGAAGAGCUGGGAUCCGCGGCUGGCUGGCAAACCAUUCAGCUCGAUACGCGCAAGGUCUUCGACAUAUGUGGGGGUGUCUCGACACCGGGUAUGCUGUUCGCCAGUGGUGCAAGAUUGGUCCGGACUUUGUCACUCACAACCCAUCUUCUCCUUCAAGCGAAGGGAGCUCAUCAGAUUCUGAGCGACCACACCGGCCUCGUCACGUUGAGAUAUGCCUGAAACUCAGCCAGCAUGCCCUCCAUGGCCCCAGUCUUCGAAGAUUCACCUGGCGAAAUCUGAUCCUUUUCAGUCGACUUUUUGAAGCGCACUUCUUACCGAUCCAUCUGUUCCUUGUUCUGCUUGCUUCGGCCAUAUACUCUGCGCUCCCAUAUCCGAUCACCUCUUGUCGACUUUUGACGGCUGCAAUGGAUCUCACCUCAGUUCUGCGCGCUAUCAGUUUCGCAUUGAUGACGAUCUACUUCGUUAUCUUCUAUGAAGGAUAUCACCAAGCUUGCAUUGAGGCCAGGGAAAAGGAGAUGAAGAAAGCUGGGCUGUAUGAGGAGUUGGCUGAUGAGUUUUCUUACCGUAAAAGAUUCUCACUCAUCACCUUGUGUGACUACGUGCUGUUCCCUAUCGCCGGCACAGCAUUUGGAAGCGUGCCUCUUCUUCAGGCAAUAGCGUCGCACUUCUGGACAGAGAAGCUUGUUUACCUUGUGAGUGCAAAGCCGGUCAAGACGGUCACCAAGAGUUUUGUUAGCGUCACGGUUACUGAGCGGGAGGCGGAUGUCAUGGAUGUCUGA